AUGCAAAAUGAGGAUCGGAAAGUAGGAUGGGAAAGGAGGAUGGAAAAAAAGGCUGGAAAAGGAGCAUGGGAAAGGAGGAUGGCAAAGGAAGAUGGGAAAAGAGGAUGGGAAAAGAGGAUGGCAAAGGAGGAUGGAAAAGGAGGAUGGCAAAGGAGGAUAAGAAAGCAGGAUGGGAAAGGAGGAUGGGAAAGCAGGAUGGAAAAGGAGGAUGGUAAAGGAGGAUGGAAAAGGAGAAUGAGAAAGCAGUGUAUUGACUACAGAUUAUAA